UAAAUAAAUAAACUCAGAACCCCAACCUAAGCCUCCCUCGACAACUCAUCAGGAUAUGCAAUUUAUUAAUGGCAUCGUACGAAAGUCAUGUCAUUCAGGUCGCCAAUUAUAGAAGAGGAGGAAUUCCCUCAACAAACAGGCGAUGCAGAAGAGACAGACUUCAAGAAUCAACUGCCAGAUAAUUGUGUCGAAUAUCUUCUUUUUUUCAUAGACCCUCAAGUCGAUAUUCGCAAACAGCUUGCACAAAUCGAGAAUAUCCGAAGGUCGGCCAUAGAGCUUGCUACCACACUUACCAAAGACUACAUAUGGCAAAAAGAUGAGUUUAAUCUGACUCUAAAAAACGAAAACGGACUGGUGUAUCUCCAUGGUAUCACUGAUUAUAGCGAUGCCGUAGAAGAUGAAUGGCUCAUAGUAUAUAUACUAAGAGAACUAUCAAAAUCCCACCCCAACCUCUGGAUCCGGGUAUUUGACACAGACGGCGAGUUCCUCCUGGUCGAAGCAGCCAAUGUGCUGCCCAGAUGGUUGAACCCCGAGAUUGACAACAACCGAGCUUGGAUUAACAAAGGAAACCUUCUUCUUAUCCCCGUCAAAGAUGAAGAAGGUCUCAGAGCUCGCAAUCUUGAACUACCGGAUGCAGUUCAAGCGAUCAAAACGAAACGCGAUGCACUUGUUCACUCAGGUUUCGUCGAAGCCGAAGCCUUCUACAGACUUGAAAAGUACCCUGGGCAGAUCAGUGAAUCUCUACACCAUUCCCUCAUUACGAUACCGAGGAAGUUAGCAUAUAUCCUCCACUCCCUCCCUAAAUCGGUUGCACCAGCAGUCGAAGAAUUCUAUCUCCGAGACCCGAUCGCCUUGAAACGUGUCAUCUCACCAACCCAACCAUUCACAUUCCCUCCAGAGGACCUCACCACAAUAUCUGUCAGGUUUAGCAAGGUACUUUUCGCUCAGUUGCGAUCCCAACGGUUCGAUGCCCCGCCGAGCUGGAGCGAAGUCCUUCGGAAAGCCCAGAAAGAAGCACCUUCAGGCGAGACAGACAAAAUCAUGGCGAGACUGGAUAUUGGGAUGAAGCUCACUUGUGGAUUCGAAAUGCUGGCUGUGAAGGCUGAAAAGAGCAAAAGCAGAGUUGUCCGUGAGCUCGCGAUCGAACUUGAGGAUCUUGCAGAGGAUGGCAACGAGGCUCUCCCCUCAGAUGAAGACAUCAAGUCAUGGAAGGAUCACGAUGUUGAUGAUAGCGAAGCAUGGAUGGACAUCAACUAUCAAGAUUUCGAGAAGGAACUGGAUGGCAAAAGAGAGAACGCUUCCUCCAACUCCAAGCCAGGGUUUGGAGAUGCGAAUACACAAUCUGAUCUUCGCAAGAUUGUGUCUCGCUUUGAAGCAUUUCUGAAUGAUGAUAGUGCUGGAAUGGACGGCGCAGAACUUGACGAAAUGGAUUAUGAUGAUGAUGAUGAUGAUGACGACGACGAAGAAUUUGACGAAGACAGCGAGUCCGAGGACAAGGAGGUUAGCUUUGACGAGGAGGAGUUUGCUAAGAUGAUGAGAGAAAUGAUGGGUCUACCAUCCACAGACUCAAGCACAAACACGGCAAAGAAGGCCGCAGCUCAGUCCAACCCCCCCGUAAUUGAUGAAGAGGACGAAGAGAUCCAGAAGCUCACCACGGAGUUCGAAGCAGAGCUCAACGAACAUGGCGCGCUCAAGCUUGACCCUGUUGAGAAGCAACCCCGUCUGAAAGAUGCAACUCAAAAAGGGGGGGAGAGUAGCCUAGCAGACAUCAAGGAAGAAGAAGAGAACAGUGAGGAGGAAGUCGAUAUUGAUUACAACCUGGCAAAGAACUUACUCGAAAGUUUCAAGAGCCAGGCUGGCAUGGCUGGACCGACUGGUAACUUGUUAGGUAUGAUGGGCUUUCAGCUACCACGAGAUGAAGAAGAUGAGAAUGAGAAGGAAGAUGAAGAGACUGGCAAUGAUUCAGCAAAAGGGAAGGGCAAAGAACGAGCAUAGUUUGUCAGUGGACACUUUGCUCAUUUUAUUUCACGAGAUAUACUUUUCACAUUCAACCAUGUUGCGGUGGAGUAAUCAUAAUAUGUGUCUAUUCGUGUAUUACUCGUACCGCUAGCCAACAGCCAUUGGCCUGUAAAUAUGGUCGUAUAUCAUCAAGGUUCGCUAUCUUCGUCGCUCUCCUGUCCAGAGCGCGGUCUCUUCGCAGGUGAUAUCUCGCCACUCAUACGUCUACGCCGCUGCUGGUCCCGAUCAUCAAGUUCUUCAAGCCGAGCCAGCACAUUGCCGAGAUGUUUUCGAGCUGCAAGUUCUCGCCUGCUGCUGUCGGUCUGCGGCCUGUAAUACUCUCCCACCAGAGUGACCACUGCGUGAUAGCACUCGUAGAGCAGCAUGCGAAUGUGUGCAUUGUCUCGAUCUUCGAUGAUGCUUGUCGUUGUUUCACCUGGUAGUGGCUUGUCGAAGCCUCGCCAGAAAUCAUCUGUGGGUCGGGGUCGUUUGCUGAAGAUGGUGGCCAGGAGGGGAUCGCCGAAUACGCAGUUGCUCCAUUGUCGUAAACCCGUUACUUCGAUGGGGUUUUGGCUUGGCUCGUCUGUUAUCAUAUAUUCCUCCUUUAUGUUGGUAUCAUCCUGAAAGACUAUCGUGUAGUCUUGUCGCACCUUUCCACCAUUGUCUGGCUUCCUCGAAACCCCUUUUCCUAAUUUCGGUUGCGACUGCACCUCUUUAAGGGGCAUAUGAGAUUUCUUCUCGCUUUCGUAUGGGCGGUGUAUUAAUGUAUUAGAGUCUUCGCCGGCAUCUAAGACAACUAGUCGCGGUUUCGUUACUGCAUCAAGCAGAUGUUGGAAACGCUCGAAGUGGUGUCGAAUGUUAUUGUAAUUGAACAUAAUGGUCAAGUCCUCUCCAUCUCUAAGGACCGAUUCCAACAGGCUAUGAAAUGCUACUCUCCAGGAAUCAGCACCGUUUGAAUCAGCCAAGCUUCCUUCAAAACGUUGUGGUGGGUGAUGGACAACUGAAGGAGGCACUGAAAGGACAUCAGCGGCAAUACCAAAUCUCCUGGUUGGUGAAACCUGGCUGGAUAUCCGACGGAGUAGUUGGCCAGUCUGGAAGUCCACUGUCCAUUGCUCACGGGAGUCUAGGGGUCUUGAUAGUGUGGAUAUGGGAGUACCUCUUGGCGGUCGGAUGAGGUUAUAUUCAACUGGUUGUACACCGGCAAUAGACUCAUGCCGAACAAGGGUAGGUAAGUAUCCAGUCAUCAAUUGAGCAUUGGUCUCAUUCACUAGAGGGUUUCCCACUGUCCUGCUUGUGGAUUCUUUAGCCCCGGCGCCAGAGCAGAUUUUCCUCUCUCUCGCAACAGCGGAAAGCCACUUGAGCACAGCAGCUUCAGUACCAAGGGUUGAUUUCUCAGAGCGUAGCAGCCGUAUAACUGCAGGUGGGGGUAGCGCCAAUAAAAGACUCGGGCCCUCUGUAACCUUGACAUUAUAAAGACGCUGCAGUCGAGCCGAAGGAACCACCUCGAGUUCCUUUACCGCCAGACGAGGGCUGAUGCCGUUGAGUAGGGAGAGGACAGAACUCUCUGGCGGAGCAGCCGCCAUGGGACUGGGAGUAGAGGUCGAGGAAGAAGAGGGGGAGAUAGGGGCGUUUGGAGAUGGUUCAGUAGAGCUCAGGUUUCGGGCCGAACGGGGGACAUUGUCAUGUACAAGGUUGCAGCUUUUUUGCGUAACACAAUGGCUCAGGAGGGGCAGACUGCCGUCGUCCCGAAGGGUGCAUUGGUACGACAUUCGAGUCAUAGGGAAGAGGAUAUAUAUGUAGGAUGUGAUAUUCAGGAGAAUGGCUGAUCUGAUCUGAUGUAUGGGCUGAAGCGCUGACGAGGCGAAAGGAGUCGCAUAGAAUGGCUUUAAGUAGGCGAUAGCCUUUAGUAUAGAGAGGAGAGUGAACAGUAUGUUCUACUCAUGUCUGACAGGAUACUCUGCAACACGAGAUGAGACAGAAAGUUUCGAUAAUGGGAGUAAGUAGACUCUUAAACUCGCCGUCUAUUAUAGCUGAGUAAGGAUGACAGAUUGAAGAAGUGCUGACGACAAGUAAUUAUCUGGAAGACUGAGUAGAUAAAUUUAGAGAAAGUAGUAGAAAAUGAUAUAUGAGGAGGAUUAGGAUAGAGUGGGUAGAUGAAGGGUGUAGUGUAGUAGUGGAGGUUGUUAUUAGCUUCCGCGAUACAGGAGCUAGAUUCGCCUUCUCGAACGCCCCAUGCGUAUGCAAAUGCAAGAACAACAAAAAAACCGGCAGGCAAAGAGAGCUAAUCAGAAACCAGGAGGAAGAGUGCAUGGGGAGGAUUGACAGACAACGGUUGCGCCAGCAUAUCUCUCGGGUCCGAGAAUAAGUGAUGAUGAUGGGUGGGUGUAUGCAGUGAAUGGACGAACGACAGACGGAGUAGUAGUAGUAUUUACAUGAAUAAAGACACAAAAAGGCGGAAUAUACAGGGAUAGAAUGUCACCGCCUGGUCAGCGAAACUGGCCAUGACGAGCGAGAUCAAGAAGCAGAAGCGAGAAUCAUGGGGAAUGCACAGAAGCUAGCCAAGGGACGGACCCUUCUUCUGUAGGGUCCACGCUUGCGAACGAACGAGCGAGGGCGGAAUAGGGAACCGAAAAGAUGGGGGCGUAAACGGAAAUGUAAAUGGUCGACGUAGCGAGCCAGUAACUGAAGGGUCAGAGGCACUUUUGUUUAGUCUCGUAGUAUUCUUCAACAACCUUUAAUAUCAGUAAUAACUAGGUAAUCAAUUCAAUGGCUGGCUGAACGGAGAACAAACAGACACUUGGCGAUGAGCUGGAGUCACUCAAUCAUAAAGACAACAAACAGAUCAAAGGAAGAAAGAAAUACAAG